ACGCAACAAUUUCACAGAGAGAUCGACGCAAAACAAACAGGAUAAGCUAAGAGGACAUACAAAUUCAACGGGGGGAAAAAAAUUAAACCAUGGCUUUAGGAACGAGGAGGUCAUCACAUUUAGCGACGACCCACUAACUCUUGGUCGCCGCCAUAUCCUUCUUCUUGUCCAUGGAAGUUGGAUCCCCGCAGAUAUGAGUGACCACGAACUACAAACCAGCGAUUUCAAAGAAUAUGCAGUGUUUGCUGUGGCGGAGAAGAACAAGAAGACGAGGUCGAAAUCCGAGCAGUUGAAGCUCGUGAGCCUGGACAAGGGCUUUUUCGGAAAUGCUCAUUCGACGGACUAUACGUACUACAGAGUGGAUAUAACUGCCAGCUCGGCUCGCUUCGGCCUAGUCAAAUACUCGGCGGUCAUCUCGAACGUACUUAGUGGUUUACUGGCACUCGAGGACUUCGAGCGAAGGUAGAUGAAUCGAGACGAGGAGUGAUCGAGAUGAUCGAGCGAGAGAGGACAACUCUUUAUCGUGUGAAAGUUGUUACGUUAAUGUGUAUGCGCGUUACAAAACAAAAUUACGAUAGUGAC